UGGCAGGGGAAGAUGGCCCCGCUGGUGUCCCUGUGGCUGGUGGCCCUGCUGUGCUUGGCGCGGGCGUGCCCCGAGCCCUGCGCUUGCGUGGACAAGUAUGCCCAUCAGUUCGCCGACUGCGCCUACAAGGAUCUCCAAGUGGUGCCCACGGGGUUGCCCUCCAACGUGACCACCCUCAGCCUCUCGGCCAACAAGAUCACCUCGUUGCAGCGGCGGGCCUUAGCGGAGGGGACCCCAGACCCGCACAAUGAGAUCCGCUCCAUCGAGCCCGGUACUUUUGCCAUCCUGGUGCAGCUGAAAAACCUGGACAUCAGCCACAACCAGAUCGUGGACUUCCCUUGGCAGGACCUCUACAACCUCAGCGCUCUCCAGCUGCUCAAGAUGAACAAUAACCACAUGGCUCUGGUGCCUCAGGGGGCUUUCCACACCCUGAAGGACCUCCGGUCCCUCCGCAUCAACAACAACAAGUUCACCACCCUCGCGGAGGGUAUCUUCGACUCACUCAGUUCCCUCUCCCACCUCCAGAUCUACAACAACCCCUUUGAGUGCUCCUGCAAGCUCCAGUGGUUGAAGAAAUGGAUGGUCAGCACGCUCAUCUCUAUCCCUGAGAAGGAUUCCAUCGCUUGUGCCCUGCCGGAGCAGCUCCGAGGAGUGCCGGUGGGGAAGAUCCCGGACGUGCAGUGCACCUCGCCUACCGUGCAGCUGACUUAUUACCCCAACCUGGACACCACGGAGCUUUUUGAUGGCUUCACCCUGACGCUGCACUGUGCCGUGGUGGGCACCCCACCGCCAGAAGUGAGCUGGAAGAUCCGCACUUCCAGUCAAACCCUGGAGCUCAACGGGAACCCGAAGGAAAGCACUGGGAAGGAUCUCCCCAAACAGGACCCCGAGCGCUUCUUGGUCUUCAAGAAUGGCACGUUGGUGAUUCCCCACCUGAGCAAGAGGGAAGAAGGCACCUACACCUGCCUGGCCACCAACGAAAUGGGGAGCAACCAGACCUCGGUUAAUGUGGCCGUGGCGGGCACCCAGAAAUACCCGCUGCAGCCAGGGAGGGAUGCACUGGGGGGUAAAGCACAGCCAGGUGACAAGAAGCCUGGGGCCAAGGGAGCAAAGAACAGUGUGCUCAUGCCGGAUGAGAGGAACAAAGCCCUUGGUCCCACCCGGCAGAGCCAACCGUCCUUGGCAGCUGGGACAGAGUCCACAGGAGACGGGCAAGUCCCUUUCCAGCUUCCACCCUUUGAGAAGAAGUGUGGCUCUGCGCAAACCAGCAAGUACAUCUCCAACCACGCCUUCAACCAGAGCGGCGACUUCAAGCAGCACACGUUCGACCUGGGGGUGAUAGCUUUAGAUGUGUCGGAGCGCGACGCCCGCGUGCAGCUCACACCCACCUACGUGCAGCCCGAGAAGGUCCACCUCAGGAUGCUCUACUUGUGCCAGGAGAGCAGCCAGGGCCACGCGUUGGUCCAGUGGUCCAAGAUUGAGGAAGGGGUGAACUCGUACUGGUUCCAGGGUUUGAACCCCGGCACUAACUACUCCGUGUGUCUCACCUACCCGGGGGAGGACUGCCAAGUCCAAGUGGUCUUCACUACCAAAAAAGAGAUCCCCUCCCUCAUCAUCAUUGUGGUGGUGAGCAUCUUCUUGCUGGUUCUGGCCACCUUACCCUUGAUGGGUGCCACCUGGUGCCACCUCCUCUCCAAAUACCAAGGGAAGACCUACAAGCUCAUCAUGAAAGCCCAGAACCCCGACCAGAUGGAGAAGCACAUGGCCACCGACUUCGACCCCCGCGCCUCCUACCUGGAGUCAGAGAAGAACUACAAUCCCAGUGAGGUGGGAGCAGAUGUGGAGGAAGAAGAUGAUGAUGAGGAGGAGGAUGACGAAGGAGGCAGGCAGAGGAGGGGGAGAGAAACCGAAGGAGCUCUGGAGCUGGAGCGAGAGGAG